GCUGACUUUGAAGUACAGGUAAAAGAACCAACGCUUGGAGGUGAUUGAAAAAUAUGGCAAUGGUUUCAGGAGGAAGGUCAACAUUGAACCCUAACGCCCCUCUUUUCAUUCCUGCUGCUUUCCGCCUAGUGGAGGAUUUCUCUCCGGAAUGGUGGCAGCUGGUCACAACCUCAACAUGGUACCGUGACUAUUGGCUCAGCCAGCAUCAGGGUGAGGAUGGUUUCUCUGACAAUGCCGAGGAUGAUUUUGAUGGCAUCAAUUUAGUGGAUUUGCUACCGGAGACUUUUGAAUUUGAUGAUGGGGAAGAUUUUUCGAAUAUGGAAACUCAGUACGAUGUGUAUAGCCCGUCUUUUGAACAGAAAGGCUUUGGAAUGAAUGCUGAGGCACUGGUGAAAAGUUUGAAAUCUUUGGAUGAAAGAAGAGGUCCCAAGUCCCCAGUUCAACGUUCAAAGUAUUCAGAGAAGCCAGCCAAGUACGUGAACCCAAAAUGCAGCCCCCGACGCAUCCAGCAGCCUCGUUGAAAGGGAGCAAGCUUGAUGUGACUUUAGCUUCUUGUAGUUCUUUAUGUAGUACCCAAGCAAAGUAAUGUUUCGCAUUUCGCUUUCUGCAGCUUCUGUAUA